GGAACAAAGCUGAUCUUUACCCGAAAACCACCUUGUGAUUGGAGCUCACCGCUUGAUAGUGUAUUUUGGAGUCGGUACAUAGUUGGGGAAUGGAGUAAUAUGCUGAUUGCGGUGGGCUCCAACUUGAUGGAACCUCAGAAACCGGAUGCGAAAGAGCCAGAUCAGGACACUGCAAACUCAUUACGACAUGCUAUCGCUUCUGAUGUUGGACGCCAAGACCACCAUCGCGGCAAAGGAAGGAGGGGAAGAUUGUAUGACCAUUUGCGGGGACUUCUCGAUGGCCUUUUACUCCAACUUUCAGCGGCCGCCUUGUUUGUCAACCCUGACCGUACGUUGCCCAUAGAGCAGCUUAGUUCAGAGGUCACCACAGCGUAUGAGCGGUCGGAGAAGAGACCAGACGGAUUAGAUAUGCUCAUUGAGAACAAGAGUAUACCUGCCCAGGAAUCAAACGGAUCUGGAACCUCCAAAGAUCGCGCAGACGACCAAUUUCUAGCCGAUGAUGAUCCUCACGGAACUGCACCAAAAUACUCAAGAGAUGAAGUAAUUACUGCACUAAUGUCCAUGUCUGUGAUGCGUCGGAGUUUUCGAAAGUUUUUAAAGGAAGCUCGGCCUGUCGUGUUCCUCGAAGGAGAAUAUUGGGGUAUUUCUCUUUCAACACAGUCCCCCUACACAGCUAGCUUAAAGGUGGUGAAACCUGGUAAUAAGGCUCUAGAUAGUAUUGUCGGCAAGAAUUCUUCUCGAAAGCAAAGGGAAAGAGCAAAGCGAGAAGGGGCGAUCACCUCUGUGACAUCCGAGCAAAUUGAAAUCGCUAGGAUUGCACGGGACAUCGAAAGUGAUAAGGCCAAAGCAUUGAGCGAGGGAAGAUACGUGGAUUUAAAUGAUCCUGUUGCUGAACCGACCUCGGAGCUUUCUCCAGGAGAUCUGCACGCACUGGGUACCACUCUACAAGCUCUGUACCAGAGCUUGCUCCCUCCCGCAAAUGCGGUUCACAUCCGCAAUCGAUUCCUUGGACGGCUCCAGAAUAUCGUGGAUUGGAACUACGGAGAGUUCGUAAACUUGCGAGCACAAUUAUUUGGCUCAUCCGUUAACAAUCUCGGAUUUGCUUCGUCGGACGUCGAUGUGACCUUGGAGCUCCCAGCAUCGCAUGAUUUUGACCCUAAGCAGCUGAAAGAGUGGACAAGCAUGUAUCGUCUCGCCAGGGUUUUGCGACGCAACGGAAUGCAGCAGGUGGUACCGGUACAAGGAGCAAGAGUACCGAUAUGCAAAUUUUAUGAUCCCAAAAGUGAAUUGCAUUGCGAUAUCAACUUUGGAAAUGUCCUUGGAGUGCACAAUUCAAGACUAUUAAAGACCUACACUGAGAUCGACCCGCGGGUGAAGCCUCUCAUCAUGCUUGUUAAACUGUGGGCGAAAAACCGGGAUGUCAAUGACUCAGCAGAUGGAGCAACAAUAAGCUCCUACGCAUACUCCUUGAUGAUCUUGAAUUAUCUUCAGCUACGCGGUAUCAUUCCUUCCCUACAACUAUUGUUCGAUGGCCCUCAAAACAUUAUGAUGGUCCCGAGGCAACAAUCGAUGCCACGACGAAAACCCGAAAAAGGUAGGCCCUGGAGGGCAAAGCUCCAAACCAAUAAGGUCACCAUUACGGAAGAGCAGUCAGUCAAUGAAUUGCAAUCGCAUAUGGAGACUCUUUCCAUCGAGACCCCUGCGGUCGAUUGCGUGGAGGAUAGUGGACUUCAAGAUGAACAGCUGAAUGAACUUCAAGAUGAACAGCUGGUGGAAACGGAGUGCGUUGAAGACCAAUUGGAAGAUGGCGGAACUGGCAUGGAAGAGGAUGAGCAGAUUAUUGGCACCAUGAAUCAGAACAUGUUGAUGGCCAACGUUGCGUUCCUUGAUGACGUUACCCAUCCCAGUCUCAAACCAUACGUGUCUCGAUUCGCAUCCCUUACCUCUGCCGAUAUUUGGUGCGGUAAGGAUGGUGUUGCAUCUCUGUUCUAUGGCUUCUUGCGAUUCUACGGUUGGGAGUUCCGCUAUCGCCCGGAUCGAAUUGUUUCGGUGCGCCUUGGCAAAGUGCUCGACACGGUUACGCCGGACUUGGAGCAUUGGAUGAAAAAACCUGGCUUGAAGUUGAUUGUGGAAGAUCCUUUCCAAUUGGACCGAAACUGCACAGGUGUGGUAAUGGAUCCAGGGAAAGUCGUGACAGAAAUGCAACGGGCAGUAAAAUGCUUGCAUCAGAUAGAAGAUAGUCAGCAGAAUGUGCGCACCGUCAUCGCUGAAGUCUUUGAGCAAGUGCCACAUCUCAAAGAAAAGAAACGCAAUUUAGCCCCCAACCGCGUUUUCGGGCAGUUUUCCGACAGCGAACGCCCUGUCAAUGUGGAAUUAAUGGUGCAAGAUCUCCGCUCCGUUCUUGGUGACCUGCGGGACAGGUCACCCAUUUUUACAGAGUCUAGACCGCCCGUCAAACCUCCCGUCAGAGAACAGGCACGUCCGCUCCAUCUGUCAGGAAACAUAAACGAUGAAGAUUUAGGAGUCCCAUUAUCACGGAAGGCAUGGCAACAAGGGAAGCGAGUACCUAAAGCUCGUCCCGAAGGUGCAGGAAGUGGGACAAAACCUUUCAAGACCGCAAAUCGUGCAGAUUCAGUGCGGAUGAAAGGAUCACAAGAGCAAAUGACGAAAAUAUCCUCCUCUCCAAGACCUGUGCUAUCACCUCCCACCACGAGUACGCCCAAGGCGAAACCACGGACCCCAGUAGGAAAUCAACCACAAAGUGAACGACCGAGAGAGAAAGGGAAUACAAGAUCUACACCAAUCCAGGCAAACAACGAGCACCUGGGCGGAAAACGGAAUAAAAAGGGAACGCAGAGGCACAAUGAUCCUAUGACCGUCUCACAGGGCCAUGUGAAUAUCGUGAUUGAAGUAAAAAAAUCCAUAGAGCCUCCAAGUAGCUCCCAUCAUCCGCAAGCUGAACAAGAGAUAGACAGUAACCAGAAUCUUCAGCUAGUACCAGUGCGCAAGGCGGUGAACAGCGGUCAAGCGCUUACUACCAAACGCAGCUCAAGUGGACUGAAAAGGUGUUAUCUUUGCGGUGAUGUGGGACAUUUAAAAAAGAACUGUCCUGGAAAGAAAAAGUCUUGAUGACUGUAAAUAGAAAUCUUUAGAAAUAAGAUGAACUCUGAUGAGAAGGUGUUAGG